AUGUGUGUCAACAGUUCACCUCGGGCUUCCAGUACAUCUCUGUCACUCAUACAGGAACAAGAACUUCAAGAAAAGGAUGAGGAUGAUUUGUUGGAGGGCAAUGAAGAAGAACAAGAAGAGGGAAGUUUGGAGAAGUAUUUCACUGUCCCACAUGAGGACCAGCACUCUGAUGAGGAGGAACUGGUGGAAGGGUUUUCCGAGUCUGAGAUCAGAGAGGGGAAUUUUUCACCUGAACUGGAGCAUGAUGAUCCAGAGCUGGGGCAGUGGGCUGACGGAGAGGACAACGACCUGCACCACGAGAAACGAGACUCUCCAGAUCGAGAAAAGCAGAUAAAUGAAAAGUUCAAGUAA